AUGGCGGCGGAGACGUGCGAGGUGAGACCGCCGAUGCGAUUGAACGGGGCGCAAAGUAGAGGCGCGGCGCACUGCUGGGCCACGCGCGCCGACGGCGAGCCGUGCGCGCGACCGAGCACGUCGACGUGCGAGAUUCCGUACUGCGAUUUUCACUUGAAGAGAGGAGACGAAGCGCUCGAAGUGCGUGCGCAUCCAUCGUUGGGAGGUAAGAUACUCGUCGCUGCGAGAGAUUUACCUCGAGGAUACAAGACGGUGUACCUGGGUGAGCGAAAGUCCUGGCGAGAGUGCGGACGAAAGGGAAGAGACCACGCGAUGCACUUUCUCUCGCGCGGCGGCGUGAUCGACCCGACGCCUCUGGGACACGCGGCGCAACUCCAAUUCAUGGCGAAUCCGGGACCGAACGAGGUAUCGAACAAUCGCUCGACGAACGUCUUCUUUGGCGACGCGCGUGAUCCCGUGGGCACGCUCGUGGGACGCGAGUUCAUCCUCUUUCGUCCGGUUCCAAAGGGACACCAACUGUUGCAGUGGUACGGCGCGGAGUGGUUCGCGAGUCGAGACAUCAAGCGCCUUGACGUUGGGUGCGAGAAGUAUCCCGCCGAGAGGAAGCGCGGCCGACGCGAAUCGGAUCUCGCGGACGAGAAGGGGUCCAGAAAGCGCGGCGGCGGCGCUCGCAAGAGGCGCGCUCUUGCCGAAGCAACCAACAAGUGA